AAAGUGAUCAUUGUUGGCCUGGACAAUGCAGGGAAAACGACCAUUCUUUAUCAGUUCUCCAUGAACGAGGUGGUGCACACCUCCCCCACCAUAGGCAGCAACGUGGAGGAGAUCGUGGUGAACAACACCCGUUUCCUGAUGUGGGACAUCGGGGGGCAGGAGUCCCUGCGCUCCUCCUGGAACACCUACUACACAAACACCGAGUUUGUGAUAGUUGUGGUGGACAGCACGGACAGAGAGAGGAUUUCUGUGACUAAAGAAGAGCUCUAUAAGAUGUUAGCACAUGAGGACUUAAAAAAAGCAGGUUUGCUGAUCUUUGCUAACAAGCAGGAUGUUAAGGAGUGUAUGACAGUAGCUGAAAUCUCACAGUUUCUGAAGCUGACUUCCAUCAAGGAUCACCAGUGGCACAUUCAGGCGUGCUGCGCUCUGACUGGAGAGGGACUGUGCCAAGGACUGGAGUGGAUGAUGUCAAGACUUAAGAUCAGAUGAUUUUUAAUGACCUCUUUGCACAGACAUUGC